GGUUGAGCUCCUACGUGUAACACAGCAGUAAUAAGAUGACCGAGGCUUUGAUGGGAGUCUGUGUUCUUGUCUGGUCAGAGUGUUUCAGUAGUUUGAUAAAGUUCAGGAACUUCCUUUGACAUGGGAGCAUGUUAGAGCAGACGUGUUGACUCAGCCAGGAGCUUGGUGGAGAUACAUGUAUCUCUGUUCAGGUUUUUUGACCUUCCAGUGUGAUUUGAAGCUCCACUUUGGAACAACUGAAUUUGCAAUGAUGAUUAUUUGAGAGUGUAGCUGGUUAAAGCUUCAGGGUAGGACAGGUUUGGUUUAAAGUAGCUGAGACUGAAGAAAGCUUUUCAGUUAAUGUGGGUCAUUUCUCUUCUACGACCCUUAAAUAAUGGCGUUAAAGUGGCUGUGGCCUUCACAGCAGUGGUUGUGUUGUUGGUGACACCAGUGCAGAACAAAGUUUACCCUGGAAGACUGCAUAAGUUAAUGAUUGACAGCAGCCUGGUGCCCUGCAGCAAUGCUUAAAUGAGACCUGAGAGCAUGGAGAUAGGGGCUCAGGGGUUUGUAUCUGGGUCAUAAUAUAUAUUUAUAUGUUUAGCUUUUUCCAUGACACAAGUCCUGUCCUGCUGCUUGUCCUCACUUAGUGCAUGUUUGUGUGCUGCAAGAAUGUUUUUUUCUGCAGUUUGUGGCCAAUCAUGAGUUGAGCCUUGGUCUUUUAGACUCUUGUAAAACAUUGUGAACUUGUUUUAUGACGGGGAUGGACACAGAACCAGAUUGAGGCUUUGAUUGAUCGGUAUUGAUCAUUUUGAGAUCAGUAUUUUCUCCAUAGAGGAUUAAAAAGAUUCUUUUAGAAAGGGCUUUGCUUCGUCUGUGUCCUUCUGAAGCAGCCGCUGCCUUUAUUUAAAAUAAAGUUGUACUCUGUGUUUUAUAUCUCUGUAAAGAACUUCGAAUUGGCUCCGGGUAUGAAGAGUGCAACACAAGUAAAACUGCCUCUCCUUGGGUUCUCCGUCAGGACUCGUGAGAUCACAAGUUUACCCAAAGACGUGCCGGGGGUGGAGCAGCCGGAGCUGUUCCUGAAGAAGCUGCAGCAGUGCUGUACUGUCUUUGACUUCAUGGACACACUGUCAGACCUCAAGAUGAAGGAGUACAAGCGCUCCACUCUCAACGAGCUGGUGGACUAUGUGACCGUCAGCCGGGGCUACCUGACAGAGCAGGCCUACCCAGAGGUCGUCAAGAUGGUCUCUCAGAACAUUUUCCGAACCCUUCCGCCCAGUGACAGUAACGAGUUCGACCCCGAGGAAGAUGAGCCCACGCUGGAGGCGUCCUGGCCACACCUACAGUUGGUUUAUGAGUUCUUCAUCCGGUUCCUGGAGAGUCAGGAAUUCCAGCCCAGCAUUGCCAAAAAGUACAUAGACCAGAAGUUUGUCCUCCAGCUCUUGGAGUUGUUUGACAGCGAGGAUCCUCGAGAGAGAGACUAUCUGAAGACGGUCUUGCAUAGAAUCUACGGCAAAUUCCUGGGGCUGAGGGCUUUUAUACGAAAACAGAUCAAUAAUAUUUUUCUACGUUUUGUUUAUGAGACGGAGCACUUCAACGGGGUGGCCGAGUUGCUGGAGAUCCUGGGGAGUAUAAUCAAUGGGUUUGCGCUGCCUCUGAAAGCGGAGCAUAAACAGUUUCUGGUCAAAGUGUUGAUCCCGCUCCAUACUGUCCGGAGUCUGUCCCUCUUCCAUGCACAGUUGGCUUAUUGCAUUGUACAGUUCUUAGAGAAAGACCCAACAUUAACAGAACCGGUCAUCAGAGGCUUACUGAAGUUCUGGCCCAAAACCUGCAGUCAAAAAGAGGUGAUGUUUCUGGGGGAGCUUGAGGAGAUCCUGGAUGUCAUUGAGCCCACGCAGUUCGUCAAGAUUCAGGAGCCUCUCUUCAAGCAGAUCUCCAGAUGUGUGUCCAGCCCGCACUUCCAGGUGGCAGAGCGAGCUCUGUACUACUGGAACAACGAAUACAUCAUGAGUCUGAUCGAGGAGAACUCCAGCGUCAUCCUCCCCAUCAUGUUCUCCAGCCUCUACAGGAUCUCCAAAGAACACUGGAACCCGGCCAUCGUGGCGCUGGUCUACAACGUGCUGAAGGCCUUCAUGGAGAUGAACAGUACCUUAUUUGAUGAACUCACCGCCACCUACAAGUCGGAUCGCCAGCGGGAGAAGAAGAAGGAGAAGGAGCGCGAGGAGCUGUGGAAGAAGCUGGAGGAUCUGGAGCUGAAGCGGGGCCUUAGGAGUGAUGGGAUCAUCCCAACUUAACAGAGACAGCGUUGUGCCCCCCGCCCACCCCAGCCCAGUCCCCCCUCCCACACCCAGCUGCCCCCGCCCUGAGCCGCCCCCCCUGCCCUCCACAUCAGCCAUGUCUGCGCAGAGCUCCGAGGCGGGCCGCCGCCUCCGGAUCCUCCGAGCGCCCGCUGGUUUCUUAACUGUUCAUGUUUUUGUUUGUUUUCGGUUUAUUUUUUUCUCUCUUGUGUUUGUGCGACUUACUUUACAGUAGAUUCACCACAUCUGUUUUCAUUAUUUCAACAGCACUGUAAAUAAUUAUUUUCUUUCUUCCCUAAACUGAUAUUAUUGCAAAAAGGAGAAACAAGACAACAAUAAUAAUAAAAAAGGAAAAAAAAAAUAGAAAAUGAGAAAAUGACUUGUGUGGGAGGGGCUCCAACCCGUCUGGGUGGCGUGUUAGACGAGGGGAACAGCGACCAACACAACGGAAGAAGGCUUCACGCUCCUCUUCACUGCAGUCCCCUGCAUCACCCCCCCCCCACCCCCCACCCCCACCCCCGUGUUUCCUGUCUGAACAAAUGGAGAUUGUCGGUCCGGUGUGAGGUUGGAGUGUGCUUCCAUGCCCGUGCGCCUGGCCGCAGAUCCAGCUCGUUUUUUUAGCCCCCCCACUCUGUGAUCUGGAGAUUCCAACAUGGCUUCAGAAAUGUUCCUGCUUGGAUGUGGCCCCCACCACAAAGCAGACCCCCAGCCAACAGUGAGAUGCGGGUCAAAGGGAGGUCACUUGGAUGUCUGGAUCCCAGAAUCGAAUCAGUUACUUUUUCCAGGAAAUAAAAAACUUCCAAAGUUUAUAACUUUGUUUGAAUUUUCAGUAGAAUCAGUUGGAACAUGGGCUUUAGUCCCCAAAUUCCUCCAAAAUUCUGGAAUGAAGCCAAAAUGAAGGGAGCAUGCUGCAGGUGAACACACUCCUUCCCCUCCAUGUCUGUUGUUGUUGCUUUUCCUCUUUUGUUCGUUUCUGCCCCCCUCCCUCCCUCCCUCCCUCCCUCCCUCCCUCCCUCGCCCGCCCGCCGGGGUCGCUGGUAGCAGUCUGGCACUGGUGCCGUUCCGCUGUAACAACACCUCAAACUCUGACAGAACCUCAGAGGAGCCGAAUCUUCCUCCUCCGGACAGGAGCCCUCCUCUGCUCCCUCCCCCACGCUGUUGUCCUGCAGGGGGCGCUGCUGUGGCGCAGGACCUGUACUCUGGUAUUGAAUGCAGUAAUCUGAUAAUCUUGUAUCUUGUAGUACUUUAGCCAAUGUUGUUGCGUAGGAGAGGAGUGUCAGUAUAUACAGAGGUAUUAUGGAACAAGACUUCCUGGUAUUUAAGAUAGUGCCCCCCUCCCUCUUCGUUAGUCUCACUCCUCCAUUUUUUUUUCUUUUAGUUUGAAUAUUUUUGGAAAACCUUUUUUCACAUUUGAAUAUAUACUUUUUUUUUUUAAAGAGGAGUGACGGGUUCGGCGGGGGGCGUUUCAGAGGGACAGGAAGUUUUUUGUCUCGUUUUUUUUUAUUUUUAUUUUUUAUUUGCUUUGACCUUGCAGGCGGUGUGUACCCCCACCCACCCCCCACACAUGAAAGGAGCUUCAGAAUGGUCCAGAAAUGACCUGAUUUAAAGCUGGAAACAGAUAAAGGGUUGGAUAAAUACAAAUGUUUAAUUAUUUUAAAAAAAAAUAAAGAGAUAUUAAAUUAAA